GUGCGAGAGAAGAGAAGCUGUGGCCCCUGGCCGGCUCUUUUCCCACCGCCUGCCGCCCGCUCUCCCCCCGCGCAGCCUCGCAGAUAGUCUCGCCCACUCCGGCCGCAGUCCACGUGGGCUAGGGUGCGCGGCGGUGGUGGCCGGCAGGGGUGGCGGGGCUGGCUGACCGGCUGGCGUGGGGUACUGCGGGACGGUCUGCCGGGCCAGCCUGGAGGCCACCCCAAAAUAAACCGCGAGCUUGGGCCUCGCCACAGCCAAAAACAAAAUUUGACAAAACUGAUUUUGUUUAAUUCCCUUUUGAGGAACAGCUUUAUCUUAACAGUGUUCAGCCCUGAGAAUAAAGCAAGAAACAAUCUUCUAGAUAACAGUGAUAAUAUUUUGAUAAUUCAUUUAGGACAAGCCUACUUAAAAAAGAUGGCUUUGUCAGCCCAACAGAUACCCAGAUGGUUCAAUUCAGUUAAGUUGAGUAGCUUCAUUACAGCUACACAACUCGGAAAACAGUUUCAGAGACGAGGAAGAACAUUGUCGCAUGGCUUUUCUGCUCAGCCACAGAUGUCCUCUGACAAUUGCUUUCUCCCGUGGGGAUUUAAGACUUAUAGGACUUCCUCCUUGUGGAAUAGUUCCCAGUCUACGAACUCAAGUAGGCAAGAGAUUAGUUCUGCCCAGAGUGCUCUGCUUCCUUCCGUCAAUGAGCAGACACAGAAGACACAAAAGAUACCCAGCUUUGAUUCUGAGCUGUCUCUAGAAGCACUGGACGAUUUGCCUCCAUUGUCUCCGUUGCAGCCAGUUUCUGAGGAGGAGGCCAUUCAGAUUAUUGCAGACCCUCCAUUGCCCCCAGAUACAUUCACACUUCGAGACUAUGUGGAUCAUUCUGAGACUCUGCAGAAAUUAGUGCUUCUAGGAGUGGAUCUCUCAAAGAUAGAAAAACAUCCAGAUGCAGCCAACCUCCUUCUGAGACUGGAUUUUGAAAAAGACAUUAAGCAAAUACUCGUGUUUCUUAAAGAUUUGGGUAUAGAGGAUAACCAACUGGGAACAUACCUGACUAAAAACUAUGCUAUUUUCUCUGAAGACCUUGAAAAUCUUAAGACCAGAGUGGCUUAUCUACAGUCAAAAAAUUUCAGUAAGGCACAUAUUGCACAGAUGGUCAGAAAUGCACCAUUUUUGCUGAGUUUUUCAGUGGAAAGAUUGGAUAACAGAUUGGGAUUUUUUCAGAAAGAACUUGAACUUAGCAUGAAGAAGACUAGAGAUCUGAUAGUUCGUCUCCCAAGGCUACUAACUGGAAGUCUGGAACCUGUGAAAGAAAACAUGAAGGUUUAUCGUCUUGAACUAGGUUUUAAACAUAAUGAAAUUCAACAUAUGAUCACCCAAGUCCCAAAGAUGUUAACUGCAAAUAAAAGGAAACUUACAGAGAUUUUCGACUAUGUGCACAAUGUGAUGAGCAUUCCCCACCACCUCAUUGUCAGGUUCCCACAGGUAUUUAAUACAAGGUUGUUUAAAAUCAAGGAAAGACAUUUGUUUCUUACCUAUUUAGGAAGAGCACAGUAUGAUCCAACAAAACUUAACUACAUUUCUUUGGACAAAUUAGUGUCUGUGCCUGAUGAAAUAUUUUGUGAAGAGGUUGCCAAAGCCUCAGUACAGGACUUUGAAAAAUUCUUAAAAACUCUCUAGUGUGUGAUGAAUGUUAAGAUGUAAUAAUGUAAAAUGAACGUGUAUAUGAAUGGAUGAUAUAUAUUUAGUUUUAAAUAAAUGCCCAGCCCUCGAUUGAUACUGGC